AUGCAGGUUUACAUAGUGUAUCUUGGAUCCCUUCCUGAAGGGGAAUUCUCACCAUUGUCUCAACACCUUAGCAUUCUUGACACCGUUCUUGAUGGAAGUUCUUCAAAGGACUCCUUAGUAAGAAGCUAUAAAAGGAGUUUCAAUGGAUUCGCAGCUCAUCUCACGGACAAACAAAUACAAAGAGUGGCUAGCAUGGAGGGAGUGGUGUCUAUUUUCCCAAAUAGACUUCUCCAACUUCAGACAACCAGAUCUUGGGACUUCAUGGGAUUUUCUGAAACCGUGAAACGGAAUCCCACGGUUGAGAGUGAUACUAUUAUAGGUGUUAUUGACUCUGGAAUCUGGCCUGAAUUAGAAAGCUUUAGUGAUGAAGGUUUUAGUUCAAUUCCAAAAAAAUGGAAAGGUGUUUGUCAAGGCGGCAAAAAUUUCACUUGCAACAAGAAGGUAAUUGGAGCUCGAGCAUACAAUUCAAUUGAUAAAAAUGAUGAUUCUGCAAGGGACACUGUCGGUCAUGGAACCCACACAGCCUCCACAGCAGCUGGCAACAUAGUAGAGGAUGUGAGCUUUUUUGGGGUGGCAUCAGGAAAUGCAAGAGGAGGGGUUCCUUCCGCAAGAAUAGCUGUGUACAAAGUUUGUACUGCAGCUGGAUGCACCAUUGCAGAUAUCUUGGCUGGCUUCGAUGAUGCCAUUUCUGAUGGGGUUGACAUCAUUACUAUAUCAUUAGGAUCCGCUGCUGGAGCCUUUUUUUUGGAUGAGGACCCCAUAGCAAUUGGUUCUUUUCAUGCUAUGGUGAAAGGUAUUUUAACAUUGAAUUCUGCAGGAAAUAAUGGUCCAUCACCAGGUUCAGUCCUAAGCGUUGCUCCAUGGAUGGUCAGUGUAGCUGCAAGCACCACAGACCGUGAAAUUAUUACCAAGGUUGUUCUUGGGGAUGGAAAAAUAAUAAAUGGUCAUUCAAUCAAUACUUUUGUGUUGAAUGGAACCAAGUUUCCCCUUGUAGAUGGGAAAAAGGCUGGUUUAACUAAUAAAAGUAAUUGUGAUACUUGGCCUCAACUGGAUUGUGAAAUAGACUGUCUAGUGGAAAGCAAAACAACCGGAAAUAUUUUACUGUGUAGAGGCUCUGGGCUAGAUCUGCCUCUAAAGUUUGGAGCCCGUGGCAUAAUCAGACCAGAUUUUGGUCGUUCUAUAUACCCGUUGCCAGCAUCAGAUUUAGAGGAACAAGAAUUUGCAAUGGUCGAGGCCUACAUCAACUCCACCAAAAAACCAGAAGCGGAUAUAUUGAGAAGUGAUUCCAUCAAAAAUGUUUCUGCUCCUACGCUAGCUUCAUUUUCAGGACGAGGGCCAAGCAGUCUCCUAGCUGAGAUUAUAAAGCCAGAUAUAAGUGCUCCCGGAGUAGAUAUCUUGGCGGCAUUUUCCCCAGUUGCUCCAAUUACAGAGUCCCUGUAUGACAAAAGGAGAGCUAAGUACAGUAUACUAUCGGGAACAUCCAUGUCUUGCCCCCAUGCUGCUGGAGCUGCUGCUUAUGUUAAGACUUUCCACCCAGACUGGUCUCCUUCCGCCAUCCGAUCUGCCCUUAUGACUACUGCCUGGCCCAUGAAUGCUACUGCAAAUCCAGCUGCUGAAUUUGGUUAUGGAUCUGGGCAUAUUAAUCCAGCGAAAGCCAUAAAUCCUGGUCUGGUUUAUGAAGCCUUUAAAGAUGACUACAUAAAGAUGAUGUGCGGAAUAGGCUUUGACACAGAGAAGGUAAGGCUCAUAUCAGGAGACAACACUACCACUUGUACUACAGGUGUUACCCAAGGCGCUGUAAGGGAUCUCAACUAUCCUUCCAUGGCAUCUACAGCCGACCAACACAAGCCUUUUAACAUUAGAUUUCCAAGAACAGUUACCAAUGUUGGCCAGGCAAAUUCCACUUACCAAGCAAAGAUCACUGCAGAUCCUCUCAUGAAAGUCCAAGUAAAUCCUAACGUUCUCUCCUUCACAUCAUUAAAUGAGAAAAAAACUUUUGUGGUAACAGUUUCAGGAGAAGCAUUGGAUAAACAACCCAACGUAUCUGCAUCGCUGGUGUGGACCGAUGGCACUCAUAGUGUGAGGAGUCCCAUUGUUAUCUAUCAACUUCCCUCAACCUGA